CACACGAUUCGGUGUCUUGUAGCCGCGUAUACUCGAACACCAUGGAGCUAAGGACAGGGUUGCUGCUCCUAGCGAUGCUGUGGGCCGUGAGCGCGAGACCCCAGCAGGAGAGUACUGAGAGAACACCGGAAGAGGUUCCAGGUGCUCCUCCACCAGAGGGCAUCAAUGCGUUGCUCAUUCGCACCUCAGUUCGCCUGAUGUGCGCGGGCAAAGAGGUUCCAGACUGCGAAAAUUUGGCGACAACUUGCUUGACGGAAUACGGACUGGGUUCAGAAGAUAUCGACUUUGAAACGGCUUGCCAAGGAAAGAACCAGUUAUUAUGCUACACUAAGAUCUCCGAGUGCAUUGACCUCCUCACCGUGGCGCCUUCAGCUGGACAGAUACUAGUCUCCGAGGUGUGUUCGGGCAAGGACGCAACAGACUGCAUACAAGAAACAGUGCAGUGCAUGUCCCUACUGUAUCCAGGGUCAGAAGGAAGCAACGCGUGUCCUCCGACGGGUUUUUCCCCAACUGAAAGCGCGCCUGACACCGCAUGCACAGCGAAGGUUCUAAACUGCAUCGAACUCCUGCUCCCGGAGGAAAGGACCGUCGCAACAACGCCACCUACUCCCGCCAUCACCGAAGUCGUUUCUUCGUCUUCCACCUUUGCAACUCCGGCCGAAGAAUUGGCGGCGCUGACCCAAAGCUUGUUAGCAAUAACGGCGUGUCAGUCAAGUGCCCUCCCGAACUGCCAGACUCAGAUGGAACAAUGCUUGCCCUUGUUCGGUUUCGGUUCCAACACAAGCACAAGCUCGUCGAUUUUGGACGUGAUCUGCAAGGGCACAGUGACCGCGGAAUGCCUUACGACAGUGGAGACCUGCUCUGACAUAGCAUCUCAAGUUGCUAGCGCAUCGGGAGACCUUACCGAAGUGGUGUGCAGCAGCUUUAGUGUGCCUAACUGCCUCUUUACGACUGUGAAGUGUCUCGGUAUAUCGGGUCCUGAACCGGAUCUUAGUUUUUGUGCUGACAAUACUACCUGCAAUGCCGAAUUGAGUGAGUGCGUAGAACACUUCAAGAACGCUUUGAGUACAUUAUCUCCAGAGGCUUCACAGGGCUUCGUGUCAGAGGAGUCACAGAGCUUCGAGCCAGGUUUGCCACAGAAUACCGUGCUGGGGGGGACUGAGAAUGAAGCACCGAGAACGGACCCUCUCGGCUUCAUCGCUGAGAUUACCAACAACAUCUUAGUUCUCCAGUUGUGUGCCGGGAAGGAGAAGGAACAGACCAAUUGCCAUGCGGAUGUAGCCGAGUGUAUGUUCGAGCUUCAGAUUCCUCCUCCUGGAUUCGGUCCGCGUGUGGAUAAUGAGACAAUCUGCGAGUCUGGUCUUGAUGCUGAAACCUGCGCCAAGAAACAGAACUGCCUCGUCUUAUAUACUCCAAAGCCCAAUGCUGUAGACCUUCUGCCUCAAGAAAUCUGCCGCGGUCGAAACGUCUCGAACUGCGAGGACCGAGCUGUGUUGUGUCUGGAGGUAUCCGGGAUUGCGGCCUUCAGCAUGUCUCUGAUCGGCCUUUCAGAAGAGCUUCCGGAAGGGCCUCAAGCUUCCCCGCGGGCGAUAGAACCUGCCGUGUCCUCUGAAGCGACGAUUCCCGAAACACCCACAGGAACGGGGGAGGUUGGACUCGGAUCUUCCCCGAGUUCCGCCCCGGAUGCGAUACCUGAGGGUUUUGACCCAACUACAUGUCUGGAAGUCUUAUCUCCUCGUCCCAUAUUGAGAAAAGAAUCAACGACGACUACAAAACAACCAGCAUCUACAACCACAAAGCCACCUGUAUCCACAACCACGAGACAACCAGAAUCAUCCUUACCUGUGAGAGGACCUUUAUCUACAACCACAAAUCCACCAGCAUCCACAACCACAAGACAACCUGUAUCAACAACCAUAAGGCAACCAGGAUCAUCAUCACCUUCGAGAGAAACAGUAUCCACUACCACAAAUCCACCAGCAUCCACAACCACAAGACAACCAGGAUCAUCACCACCUUCAAGAGGACCUGUAUCCACAACCACAAAUCCACCAGCAUCCACAACCACAAGACAACCAGGAUCAUCACCACCUUCAAGAGGACCUGUAUCCACAACCACAAACCCACCAUCAUCCACAACCAGGGAAGAAACAGGGUCACCAUCACCCUUGAGAGACCCAGCCACACCAACACCCACAAGGGAAUCCGCGCAGAAUGGUUUUUCUGACGUGGUUCAGGAAGAGGAGGAGACGCCAGCGGCCGAGAUCCUGUGUCCCAAAGGCGGGCUGGAGUGCAUCAGGAAAGCCGAGGCAUGUCUUGAGCGGCUGAAACCAGACGGUUUCUUUAUCCGGCAGUUAUUCAGUUGCAAUGCAG